GCACUGGAUCGGUCCGAAUCCGAGGAGAAACAGCGUUGGAACGAAGAAUUAAAUAGAAAUGAGAGGCCACUUGCAGGAUUCUUGUGUGAAAGACAAAGCUCUUAAUUUUGACUUGGGAGUUCGAUGAGAUUUUAAAUUUGUGAAGGAACCCCAACAAGUUUGGUAUCAUUGGAAAGCUUGUAAACUCAGAAAUAGAAUGAUGGAUAAAUCAACUCUAUCUCGUAAAGUUUGUUGAGUCUACUGACUGCAAGAUGUUUGCUCAAAGAUCUGCAUGGCUUGUACAGAGAGCAAGAAGUCGACAAAUCCUUGCCCGGUAUCUAAGAAACAGAUCUGCAUUGACUACACCAUCUGGAGGAAAUGAGAGAUAUGAUGUGAUAGUUGUAGGAGGAGGUCAUGCUGGGUGUGAAGCAGCUGGUGCAGCAGCUCGUAUGGGAGCUCAAACAUUACUCUUGACUCAUAAGAUUGAAACUAUAGGUGUAAUGUCAUGUAACCCAUCAUUUGGAGGCAUUGGAAAAGGUCAUCUUAUGAGAGAAGUUGAUGCUUUGGAUGGAAUCUGUGCAAGACUUUGUGAUAAAGCUGGCAUCCAAUACAAAGUUUUGAAUAGACGGAAAGGACCUGCAGUCUGGGGACUGCGGGCGCAGAUUGACAGGGAUCAGUACCAAAGCUAUAUGCAAGAUGAAAUACUUCAUACACCAAACCUGACUGUCAGGGCUGCUCCAGUAGAAGAUCUUAUCAUUACAGAGGAAGAGGUUGGUGAGAUGGAUGGUUGUCAUGGUGAUAAGCCAGUCUGUUCAGGAGUGGUGUUGGAGAAUGGUGAGACUGUUUACAGCAGUGCAGUUGUCAUAACUACAGGAACCUUCUUAAGAGGAGAGAUCCAUCUUGGUUUAGAUAGGAAACCUGCUGGAAGAAUAGGAGAUGAACCUUCAGUAGGUCUGGCUAAAACAAUUGAAGAUGCUGGAUUUACUCUGGGUAGAUUAAAAACAGGGACCCCUCCUCGUUUGGAUGGUAAGACUAUAGACUACAGUGAACUAAUAGCAAACUAUGGAGAUGUCCCUCCUGUACCGUUCUCCUUCAUGACUGACAUGGUUGCUAUAAAGCCUGAAGAUCAGGUGAUCUGUCACCUGACUCAUUCUAACCCAACAGUGCAUCGUUUAUGUAUUGACAACCAACAUCUCAAUGUUCAUGUCAAGGAAGAGGCUAAUGGGCCAAGAUAUUGCCCUUCAAUUGAGUCUAAAUGCCUUAGGUUUGGUGAUAGACCACAUCAGAUCUGGCUAGAGCCUGAAGGUCUGAAUACAGACAUUGUUUACAUGCAAGGAUUUUCUGUGACUCUUCCACCUAACCUACAAGAGAAGUGUAUUCAUAGCAUCAAGGGUUUAGAGAACGCUAUAAUGACUAAACCAGGUUAUGGUGUUGAGUAUGACUAUGUAGACCCAAGAGAAAUCAAGCCAUCACUGGAAACACUCAAGAUACCAAGGCUGUUUUUUGCUGGUCAGAUCAAUGGUACAACAGGAUAUGAAGAAGCAGCAGCACAGGGUAUCAUUGCUGGGAUCAAUGCAGUUCUUAAAGCUAGGAGACAACCUCCUUUUGUCAUUAGCAGAACAGAGGGCUACAUCGGUGUCUUGAUUGAUGAUCUGACAACUAGAGGCACUUCUGAACCCUACCGCAUGUUUACCAGUCGCACUGAGUUCCGUAUGACCCUCCGACCUGAUAAUGCAGAUCUCAGACUCACACACAAAGGUUUUGCGGCUGGAUGUGUAUCACAAGAAAGGUUUGAACGUGUUAUGGAGACAAGAAGAGAUCUUGAAGAGAGCAAAGAACUUCUAAGGUCAGUCAAGCUGCACAAACAUGAAUGGCGAAGACAUCUUAAGAAUCAUGGUUUUCAAGCUGUGUUUGGAAGCAGUACGUCACCAGACAAGAUGAGUGCAAUGGAUAUACUACAAUUCCCUGGUAUAGCAGUCAAUCAUCUUACCUCGGCCUUACCCAAAGAGGGUCUUGCUUUUCUCGAGGACUACAAACUAGCUGAAAGAUUGAAAUUUGAAGGUAUUUAUGCUCCUCUUCUUCCUCAACAAGAGGCAGCCAUAGCCGAAGUACAGGCGGAUGAAGGAUUAGAACUACCUGAAGAUCUUGAUUAUAACGGCAUAAAACUUUCUACUGAAGCUAUUUACAAACUCACCCAAGCAAGACCAACAACCAUUGGUGCUGCUAGUCGACUAGAGGGUGUAACCCCAGCAGCUGUUCUACGUCUGCUCUAUCAUGUCAAGAGACAACACCAGAGCAGGAUGUCACAGUCAUCAUGACAGUAACAUUGUUAAUCUUCUUCUCGGGUCACAGUGUCUUUGAAUGCUUCACCAAUAACAGAGAAGGAUGUCACAUUCCACCUCAUGACAGCAGCAUUGGUAAUCUUCUCAGAUCACAGUGCCUGUGAAGCCUUACAACUAACAGAGCAGAAUGUCGCACCUCAUGACAGUAGCAGUGCUGAUUUUCUUGGCUCAGAAUGUCUUUGAUAGCCUUACCAAUAACAUCAGCUAAGGAUGUCACACUCCGCCUCAUGACAGUAGCAUUGGUAGUCAAGUCACAACACGAGAGCAGGAUGUCACAUUACCUCAUGACAGUAGCAUUGGUAAUCUUCUCAGGUCACAGUGUCUUUGAAAGCCUUACCAAUAACAUCAGAGAAGGAUGUCACAGACACACUCCACCUAAUGACAGUGGCAUCAGUGGUCAGGUCAAUAUAUCAUUGAAUACCAUAGCAACUACUGUAAGAAUGUGAUAAGCCAGCGGCAAAUGCUUUGCAUCAUGGUAGGGGUGUUAGUUCUCCAUUAUGUUCUUGUGUGUAAGUUACUAAAAGAUACGAGUAACCUAGCGACUUCAAAGUCUGCUCAGUGCUACACAAGAAGUUGAUGUGUUCAUUCUCAUUGUUCUAUCAGGGGAGCGUUUCAUCAAUAUUUUCAUCCGACAAGUUGUCAGAUCUGACAUCUUUCCAUGAUUUUGAUUGGCUGAGAGGCACUGUUCCUAUGGUAACUGUCGGAUAAAAUGGGACUUGUCGGAUAAAACGUCCGACAAGUCCUUUCAUGAAACGCCCCCCAGGUGUACAGUUAAUGGCAAAAAAAGAUUUUAAAGAAUUUAUUUAUAAGAUGUAGAUAUCAGAGAUAUAUAUUUUGUAAAUGCAACCGCUUUGGAAGGCGGCUCAUUAAUGACAAACAGAGAUAAAUGAAUAUGGAAUUAUGGAUGAAUAGAAACAGAAAUAUCAACAAAUUGUUGCUACAGGGUUCAGUGGCAUGAUGAGACAACACUUUGAGGAGGCCGGAAAAAAAUAUAGUAUUUCACUGUUUUUCCAUUCUUCUAUUCUCAAUUUUUCUUGGUUGUGAAAAUUUGUUGGUAACAGUAUAUGGCUGGGGUAUUAAUCACCUUCGGUGAUAUUUCUAGUUUUUUGUGUGGGGGAGGGCUGCCAAUCAGUAUUAGAUAUGAACCCACUCAUGUUUUUUACAUAUGUGGUUCAAAGAUGUUUUUAUGGGGGGGUUUUGGGUCAUUGAUUAUUCUUCAUUGUCAUUAAUACUUAUUACUCCAUCUUUAGUUCUUGUUUUCCCCUUGUCUCAGUAUUUACAACUGUUUUAUUUGUACAGGUAACUUGACCUAAUUCUAAUCCUUAGAGACAUGAGAAAUCUGGUAUAUAACACAUUUUUCAUAAUCUGAUCUAAUUUUAAAAGAAUUACUGUGACUUGGGCAAAUAUUAGACAAGUUUACCUGUAUUUGGUUAUAGUAAUACAGAUCCAAAUCUCUGUUUGGUUAUAUAUCACUCUGAUUUGUGUCAUGCUCAGAAUAAUCAAAUGCCUGAGAAAUACUCUAAACAGAUUCGAGGAAUUUCGGCUAAAUGUAUUGGCAAGAAAAUAUGCCAUAAUUGUAAUCAACAGCUUUGGAAGACGGCUCAUUAAUGACAAACAGAGAUAAAUGAAUAUGGAAUUAUGGAUGAAUAGAAACAGAAAUAUCAACAAAUUGUUGCUACAGGGUUCAGUGGCAUGAUGAGACAACACUUUGAGGAGGCCGGAAAAAAAUAUUGUAUUUCACUGUUUUUCCAUUCUUCUAUUCUCAAUUUUUCUUGGUUGUGAAAAUUUGUUGGUCUGUGCCCCAGCACCCCAUCCCCUAGCCAAUCUCUGGGCCAAUCUAUAUGCCAGUGAUUGGGUUAAUGUCCUAUAAAUUAUUUUAUUGUAAUCACUCUAUGAACUAGUGAAAACACUGGGCUACCAUUUUGACAGUUAAUGCAACAAUGUUACCUAGGAAAUAAAGGUAUGUACAAAAACUUCCCUUUGUUGGUUAUUAAUAAAUACUGAUUAUAACUUAAUCAAACUAAAUGCAUUCAAAUUUGUUAUCUGAUAUGUGUGUGUGGAUGUGUGCUCUUGAUAUUUCAUUGUUCAGAGUGAAGAGUGAGAAAAGAGGAUGGGGAAUAGUACAUUUCGCAUGGAAAAUGAAGAUGGAGGAGGGGAUGUAUGACAUGUUGCAAUUCAAAUGCAAGAAAAUAUGUUGAGAUGAAGGAUAUGAAUUCUAAAUGUCUAAGAGGGGGGAAGGGGAGCUCUUGUACGUACCCUGAAUGCC